CCGGUUCUCUCCAUCUCUGCAAACGCCUGGGCGUGGUGCGGAAUUUCGUCUUUGCCGCAGACCUCAUCUCAAGCUCUUUCUGCGGAGGCUCCGCCGCUUGGCUUUGUUAGCUCCGCUUGCUUUCUUCUUUUCCUUCCUUCUUGAUUCUGUGUUGCCUCAGGCGUCUGCACGGAAGCCAAGAGAAGUCCUUCUUUUGCUUCUUGUCGCUGCCAAGUGGCGAGCACUCGAUUCCCUCUGCGGCCCUGCAAACGGGGCCUUUUUUUGUGCUCCAGACAUCCUGCAAGCAUGUGCCUGUAUUUUUCCUCUAGAAAAAGGAAAAAGUGGAGAGAAGAGUGGACGUUCAGAAGAUUCAAAAGCUCUCUUCUGGCGACGUGAUUCUGCAGACACCUCGCCAUUACUCUUCACGAGAAAGGAAUUGUUAUUAAAGAAGAGACAGGAACUCCAACGACGGUCACCCCCCAAGAUGCACAAACAGAAGCGGCCGCGCACAUCACCUUUCUCUCUUCUGUUUCUUGGUGCUCUCUGCUUCCUUCCUCUCUCCUUCCGCGUAACUCGUCAAUCUUGCUUCUUCUGAUUUCUUUCUCUCUUCUCCGCAGCUUCGUAAGCUGCUUUCUCUUGCGUCUUCUCUCGUUCAACGUCUUGCUUAAAGUAUUUUUAUGUCUCUCUCGAUUUUUCCUCGGUCUCUCGGCUCUCCUCUCGAGCCUCUCGCGUGCGAAGCUCCACGCGGCGCUCUUCCAGGAAGGGACGGGCGCUUCAGCUGAAGACUUCACGACGUCCGCCGAUCCUUUCUCGACCCUGUGAGAAGAGUCUCCCCAACGUCUUCGCAUUUCUGGAAGACGGAACGAGACCUGAGAAGCGAGAGCGGACCUGGCCAAGGCCUUCCGUGGAAGAUCAGGGGAGAGUCUGCUUGCCUGCUCGACGUCCUUGCUCGCUGUGGGCGGCGUCGCCGGAGACGGCUGAGAUGCGAACUCGCGUCGCGCAGUGGCGAACUUGUCUCCUCAAGAGUUAUUUUUUCUGCCAUGAAUCCGAAGCCGACGAGACAGUGAAGACGUUCCAUGCGCGGCGCGAUGGCAAACACACCGCGACAGACACUCUUGCCUCGAGUCGAGGAAGAAGAAACGUUCAGCAGCGGCUGCCUCUCCCCGCACUGGCAAAGAAACCUCUUGCAGGAGCUGCAAAGCGCCCAAAGUAUUUCUGCCGUCGUCAAUGUGCCAGGAAGCUUGCAACCGAGCAGUGUGUUCUCGUUUCUCACCGAGAACUCUCGGUUCGCCUCUCUGGAGGACCCGGUAGACUUUUCGCCUCGACGCGCGUCGGCAGGCGGGACUGCGAAGGAGAUUUCCUUCUCCGACUUUGACGGAUAUUUCGACAGUCUCAAAGAGGAACUGAGUCAGUUCGGAGCCAUUUGCGCAGCUGACAGAGAAGCUGCAACAGCAAGACAGGCGGGGGGAUCCCUUUCGUUGAGCGCUCGGCGACGCGAAAAUGCAGAGCUUUUAGCCGCCUCGACGCGCCGGAUGCAGAGGUCGCGCGUGCGGCUCGGCCCUACAGAGGCUCUGGGAGGUGAGAGAAGUUCUCCCCUGAGCUGUUCGAACGAGGGUGCAGAGAACGCAGAGUCGCCUCUCGAGGACGGUGAGACAGGGAGCCGUCUCCUCGCAGAGGCCGAAGACGCGCGGAGCGUCGAAGCGGGUGGAGUCGACGAGGAGGACCUUUUUCUCUGCGACGAAGAAGACGAGCUGGACGCAGCCGACGCCUGCAGUUCGGUCCCGGAGUGUUUUUUCUCGCCCAACUUCCAGCUUUCGGACUUCCUCGGCUACGACCUGCCUGAGGCCGUGAAGAUCCACGACGAGCUUUCCACAUGUCUAGAUGAAGUGGAGUGCAGCCUCGUGGCUCUGCUUUCGCGGCGCUUCUCCUUCUUCGUCCGUUCGCUCUGGAUGUUGACCAGCCUGCAGACCGAAAUCGACGGCGCUCUUCGCACGGUCGCCGCGCUCAGAGGGGAGUUCAAGAAGAUGCAGGCGGAGCGCGUCGAGCUGGGCCUCAAGGUGCUGCGAUUGACAAAAGAGCGGCAGGGGCUGUUGGUCUAUCUGCGUCGAAUGGAGUUCCUCAGCUACGUUCGGGACUGCAUGCAGUCUCUGGAAAUUCUUCAGCAGGCGAAGGAGUUCGCGACUUGUCUCAAACUGAUUGAGGCUACGCGCGCGGUGAUGACGGAAGAACUCGCGGCUCUCCACGUCGCGCGACCCAUUCGCCUUCAGCUCGAUGAGCUCCAACAUCGCAUCACUCGGUCACUCAUCGACGACUUCGCUGCUGCUUCCCUAACUGCUGUCUUCCCUCCCCACUAUGACGCUCAAUCUGCAACUCUCGUCUCUGCUCUUCUCAACGUAUUAAACUCUCCUUCAUUGUUUUCCGCAUCGUCUUCUCCACCUUCUUUGUCUCCUGCUUCUUCUUCGUCUUCUCCCUCUCUACCUUUGUCGUCGCCGCAUGCAGUUGGUGCAGCGCGCUUGCUGGAACCAUGGAUUCGGAAGGUCGCUUCGACGGACUCGCUGCUGCACUGGCGGAGUGCGAGCGAGAGACCCGACGCGCGCCAAGAGAGCAGAGGACUUGACGAACGCGAGGUGACUUCUGCUCUCGCCGUUCUCUACGGCGACUGGGCGCGAGGCUGGACGCUGGGAAUUGAAGAAGAAGACGCAAAUCCUUUCGACGACAGAGGCGUCUUCACUUGGGAGCAGCGACUGAUCUCGUGCGUGGACCUGGCGGCCGAGCGUAUGCAGGCGUUGAACCUGGUCUCUCGAUGCGAAGGGAACGCGUCGAUGAUGAUUGCUCGCGCGCGCCAGUCGUUUUCUUCUGCGACGAAGAGCGCCAUGCGGACGGUCGCAGCUCGCGCCGUCGUGAAGUAUUCGGGCGCCUCGGAUUCCCCGCAUCGGGUGCCUUCUCUCUCGGACCGGCUGUCAACCGAAGCAGAGGAACAGCAGGCCUCCGCAGGACCUCAGAAAACGCGCGCCGGUUCUUCGGGGCGCGAGCCUCUUGGGGACUCGGAUCCUCGUUCUCCUGCCCCUCUCAGCAUUCCAGGAGAGGAAGGCACAGAGGGAGGAGAAGGAAACGAACAUGAGGGAGAAGCAGUAAAGGAACCAGAAGCAGUAAAGGAACCAGAAGCAGUAAAGGAACCAGAUGGAGAAGAAAUAAAAGAAGCAGAAGAUGCGCAAGAGACAGCUGGCACCGCAGGUGGUUGCGAGCCUGUGUCUCGUUUUGCGUCUCGAGCGGAGACAGGCGCACUGGAUGAAAGUGAAGGAAGAGAGACUAGGGAAGCAGUCGCGUCUCGCGGCGGGGCGGAAGCGUCAGUGGAUGCCGUUCCAACGAGCUGCGCUGCAGCGGCCGGCGACGACGGAGAGGCUGCGAAGCAGUCGGGCGCUACGCACGGACCUGGCGGGAGCAGAAAGGAGGGAGAAACUCGAGAGGCGGCUGCAGCUGCCAGAGAGAAACAACAGGCGGAGCGCCCCACGGGGGAGGGGAGUGUGGUGGGCGAGCCAUCAGGCCGCCAAGGAGACGAAGAGACGCAGGAACGUCUCUGCGAGACCCAGCGAGACGCCACAAGGCCUACGAAGCCUCCGCUGCAGCCACAGCCGUCUGCGAGUUUCGCGACGCACGAAAGACCGCAGCCAAUCGCUGCGGUGUACCCUGCGUCCGAAGAGCCAGCAGCCCCCCGACAGCUCGCGGAGGCCAUCGCGACACUCGACUCCAGCGCCUUUUCGAGAGUUUGGCGAGACUGCCUGGGCUUCUGUCUCGCCGUCGCCCGCCGACUGGAAGCCUGGACCUUGCUCGUGCUUCUGAGAACCAUCGAACUGUCUCUCGCGGCCCGCCUGAGAAAGGAGGAGCGCAGCAAGGCCGAGAGAGAGACAGCCGAAGGGGGAGAGAGCAAGGAAGAAGGAGAGAAGAACGAAAAGGAAGAGAAGAAAGAAAAGGAAGAGAAGAGAGAAAAGGGAGAGGAAAAAGGGAAGGGAGAGACGAAAGAAAAGGGAGCGACGGGAGGUGCUAACAGUGGCAAGAGCGAUGAGGAGACCCGGCAGGGCGAAGCGAAACGGAGAACGCCGGAAAACGAGAAGGAUGGGUCGGAGGACGGGGCAGAGGCGCCUGCCGCAGAACGCGAAGAAGGAACGAAGAAGGAGAGAAAGGAAGAUCUUUUCGUCUUCACGGCUUCACAAGCAGAGAGCCUAGGGAAACGCGUCGACGGCCAAACUCGCCAGUGGCGAAUCAUCGCCGCCGACCUCGCUCGCCUCGCCGAGAUGGUGGUGCAAGCACUGGUGUCCAAGUGCAGCAGCAUGCUGCAGCUCCGGGCUGAGCCGCAGUGCAUGCAGCUGGAACAGCUAGCGCAGCUCUACUGGACGUCGCUUUCCGCGGUGGGGUGCCUGUACACCCUGCAAGAACGAUUUCACAAGCGCCUCACAGAAGUCCUGCUCCAGUCACUUCGAGUGACAGUUCGUUUUCUUCUCUCUGGCGAUCAGUCGUCGCUGCUGUCUCCGGGGGGCGCGGACCGAGGAGGGAAAGAGACAAAGAGAGCCGUGCAUCCGUCCAGCGCGAUCAGAGCCCUCGAGGAGGCACCCGAAAGCGAAGAAGAAGAUGCGAUAGGUUGUCGAAGUUUUCUCCGUGCGCAGGACGAGACGGAAGCACACUCGACUGCGCCGCUUCACCUGCAAGUCGACAACCUCUCCCUGCAGCUCGCUGCUCCUGCAGCAGCCUCUCUGAAAGCUCAGCUUUUUGUUCGAGGGAAAGCUCUGCUGGAGUCUUUCCACGAGGCGAAGCUGGCGCAAGUGAAUGUGAUUCUGGAGAACGAGACAUGGGAGCGAGCAGAGGUCCCUGUCUCCUUCGCCGCGACGCUCGAUGUGAUUCUCCAGUUCCCGUUCUUCUUUGCGCCUCCGCCGUGUUCGUCGCUCCGGUGCCCCAGCCGCCGGCAAAAGGGAGCUCGCGAGUCAGGCCAGGAGACAGGAGUCUCCCUCGUCCCCUGCGCCUCCGUCGUCGCGACCGGAGAACCGCCUCGCGCUCAGCUGACGUCUGCUGUCCGGGAGGUGCAGAGCGACGCGGGUGGCAGCCCAGAGGAGAUCGAGGUGUGUGCCUGUGCGUGCUGGUCCUGCUCGCUUGCGUCGCGGAGUCUGACGAUCAACGAUGAGACGUUUGCAGUCGUACCGGCCUGUCUGUUGACAAUCCAUAUAGUCUCGGAGUAUCUCUCUCUGCUGCGCCUCCUGCCGCUUCUUCUCCCCCUCGUCCUGCCCUCUGUCGCACACCUGCUGCAGCAUUUCUCCCGAGUCUCUCUGCAGCUCACAGUGGAAGGCGGAGCUGUGAAGCGAGGACGCCUCCCGCGCAUCACUGCGGCCGCUCUCGCCCUCUGCGCGAGGAGCUGCGCGUGUAUCCGAGAAGUGGUGACGCUCCUGCUGUGUCGCAUCGACAACCAGCAAAAGACCCUUGCGGAACAAGCCCCGAGAGGAGCAGCAGACUCCGACGCCGUGAUGCCCUCGCGUUUCGAAGAACUCUUGCGCGACCCCAGGCCGGAGUGGCUCGGCGGCGCAGAUCCGAUUGCGAGCUCGGAAGAGGCAAGUGCGGGCUGUACAGGUGAGAGGAUCGUCGGAACUGUGACAGAGCGAGAUCCGAACUUGACCUCUGAAGCUGCAAAGAACUCGAGCGAAAUGGGAAAGACCCGAGUCGCGGAACUGCGAGCAGAAGACCCAGGUGGAGACGCACAGAGCAGUCCUGUGGGGGAGGAGCCGGGAGAGAAGCCGCGUGGGCGAGAUGCAGAGAGAGAGCAAGCUCGCGACUCUGCUUCUCGCCGAAGACAGUUUUUGCUCGCGCCCGUUCCGCCGCUCCUCCGACCCUUGCCCAAGGCCGUCGCGACUCAAAUGGGCCUCAACCCCGUCGAUCCGCAUAGCCGAGCCUCGCAGGUGCUUCAGCAGACCUGCCAAGUCCUCGCGGGCGCGCAAGCGAAGGUCUAUCAGAAGAUCGGGGACAUUUUGAUUGAUCGCUACGAGGUGCACAGCGCGCGGUGGUUGUCGACGCCGCACUCACAAACUUCGAUGGUUUCCGAAGGUGCAUGCAGUUCGAGGCGGCGGAGUCAGGUGCAGGUAGACAAACGAGAAGAUCAAGAAGGAAAGUUAAACCUGUCGCACAACACACUGUCUAACGGCCGUCCCGAGGAAGUCCAGCAGAUUCCUGCGCCGCCGCCACACGACGCCCUUAAGGGUUUCGUCAAAGAUGCAUCUGCCCUCUACAAAGUCCUUCACCGUCUUCUUCCUGCAGAUGCCGUGAGCAAGGUUUUCGCGCGAACGUUUCACCAGAUUUCUUACCGUUUCGAGACACGGCUCUCUGCUGCAUCCUCUCACCAGCAGUUUGCCUCCACGUCUGCAACUCUCUCUCCAGCCCCCGGUCUCUUGUCGGGGUCUUUCGACGGCGGUGCCGCUCGCGAGAACCCCGCCGUCGCAGCUCCGGAAGGCAUGCAGCGGUGUUCGCAGGGCGCUGAAGAAGCAGACAAGUCGAGCUCGACUGCGCUUUCAAGCAAGAGCGUCAGUCCGCAAACGUAUUGCCUUCCGCCCAGUGCCGCCUCGGAGGCGCACGCUGCAGGCGGAGAUCCACAGGCAGGCGCCUCUGGAGAGACAAGUCUGAGUGGAGUCGGAGACGCCGCGGGCAACGAGUCGAGUUUUGGCAGCCAACUGGGAGCGUCCCGAAGGAACCUGCCAGGUGCCGACGCGAGUCUCAGCUCAGCAGGCAGUCGCAAAGAGGGAGGCGUGUCUGCAGGGGCGCUUGCUCCGGAGACUCAGGGGAACGCGGGAGGAGCACGGCUUCCAGGAGGAGGCCACGGGUCUCCAGCGCGAGGGCCGGAUGCGGUCCAAGUGCGGAUCAACUGGCACUUGAACGCAGAGAAGAACACGGCGCAUGCAGUCUACGGUGCAGCUCAGGGCGAGACGAUGGGCGACCGCUACUGGCUUGAUUGCCUUUAUCUGUACGAGAGUCUAUGUCGCUUCGAGGGCCUCAGGUCCCCCCUCUUGCACCUGGUGCGAGAUCUGUUGAGUGCCGGCUCCAAGUGCUGGACCGUCAGUCCGGGGGUCGCGGAACUCGUCGAGCAGCGGCUCCCGAAGGGCGACUGAAGGGUAAAAGUGCAGAGCGGACAAGGUGUUUCGUAAAGCGAAAGAUGUGUAGAGAACGUCUGCUGGAAUGCCAAGAACAGAUAGGGACAGCGGGGCCUUUUCUAGACGGUGUGUGGAACACACUGGUGCGAGUCACUCAGGCACGGCGUGAACAACCAACGGCCACCCUGCGACUUCAGCGCACGAAAAUAAAAGACGCGAACGGUCACCGUCCAUCCGGACGAAAGCGCCGUCGAGAUGCUAAAACGCCGAUUCGGGUGGCUUGUACAUGCGGGUGCAAAGCGCGGCAAAACUAAGGUCGAAGGCGUCGAACCAGCUGGCAGCGACAACCGCGAGCAGCUCCGCUGAGAGCACUUGUCUCUGAGAAAACGUAGACCGGCGGGGCCGGUGUGCGUUCGCCGAAACAGCUAGCUCGGAGGCGUCGACGGCAGCUUCUGCAGAAGUUUAGUGCUUCUUGUGUGUUUCUGGCCUAGACUGCAUUUCUCUCCCCGCUGGCACUGGGAUUGCGCAGUCCUUGCCUGAGAGCUGCUUCCUCUUCCUAGCUGGGUUGUUUUCCUUCGAAUCCCGAGGCCACUGGUUGAUUAAUCGGAGGAGUGCCUGUUCGUGGUACCAGUAGGCGUGCUCAGGAUAGACUUGCAGAUAUACUGAGUGUUCUCGAAGCCAUGCUAACACAAGAGCAUUUGCAUCCUAUUUCUGCGGAGUUCAGAUAGAGUACCUGGUUUCAGUAUUUCUUUAAAGUAUCCGAGUUUAUGCUUCACUUCGGCCGGAUCACGCAUCCUUUGAGCUGCGUCUUGAUCUACUCGAUUUUCCGCAUCCCGAAGCGGCCCGGAAAACAAAGCCGGUUUUGAUCUGUCUGCACAGCUGGCGCGUCCAGCGAACGGGUGUGGAAGCACGCCUCGAAAACGCGGAUCCACUGGUGCGCCUGAGGUCAUCGCUACCAGCACUCAUGUCUGCCUUCCGUUCACUCACAUAUACAGGAUUGAAUGGAGGGUUGAAUAUUUUCCAGGAGCGUUCCCACCCCCUCACUUGGACCUGACCCGCAAGAGUUCCGCGGACAAGAGGAGCUGGUUGUGUGUGCACAGCUUCGUGAAACCCUCGCGAGCCACUGCCUACGCUAGAUUAUCGUGGUCGUAUAUGGAGACACCAGUCUGUAAAGGAUUUUUCGAAGGGUACUAGUUUGUCUGUCCUCUGUUCUGCUUGUGAGCCCCCCACUGGCAAGGAUCGCGAAGUGGCAGCACAGCGACUGUUGGGCUCAACCUGUCAGCGAACGAUGUGUCAAGAUCGUAACCCCGUGGCAGCAACUACAAUAUACAGGGGCGGGAAGCAGUACGUGGACGGAGCUAAUGAGGCAAUAAAAAGGUGGACUGGCAGGAGCUGUGCGUUUCUUCACUGCCCCUCGACUCCACUUCCUGUCGUUAGCUCUCAAGCGAGUCCAACACGAAACACUGGAGCCGAAAGGGGAAAUAUCGGGUGUCGUUGACACGGCUUUCUGCCGACGAGGCUGGCUGAUUACCGCCAGCAUCGAGGACAGUCUUAA